UCUGUUCGGUCAGAUGCUGUACAUGGCGUCCUUCUUCUACACCCUGAACUACGUGUACAACCUGUACCUGGGAAUCCGAGAGAAGUUCUACGGCUGCAUGGAUGGAUACGUGCAGAUUUCUAACAGAGUGAGCACCGCUGGCAGAAUCACGGCGCUGCUCUCAGGUCUGUUUCCUGUGAUCCUGAUGACGCCCGUGCUUGUAGUCGGAAACAUCAGCCAAUGUCAGGCCAACUUCAGCGAGCCCUACAGGUGUCUGCUGAUGCACACCGGAGCGCUGUACCUGACCUCUGAGCACCGGCAGCCAAUCGGAGCCUGCGGCGGGCUGCACACCUACAGCAUCGCCGUCUUCCUCGCCACCUUCCUCCUCACGCUGCUCAGCAUCAUAGUGAGUGACGCCGAUGAUAAUUAUUUGCAUUAUUGA